GGUUAUGGGACAUUACCUCAAGUUAGUUCAAGUUGUGAUUUACUUUUAUUAGACAUUGAUGCUAAACGAUCUAUCAAAUUAGCAACUGUUCUGCCCAGUGUACAGCCUCUGUCCCAGGGUAACCUAGUAACAGUACACAGGAUGACUUGUUGGAAUAACAGAGGUGUUGUCAUGGCCACCUUUCACCCUGAAACCUUUGGGUCACCUCAGCAGCUCCGAGCAUUCAGCACGGUCAUGCUCAACCUGGCAGAGCAGCAGUCAGGCCGGUUUAGACCUCACCCAGAGUUCCUCACCAGGGCUUACAGCUGGAGGCGCAAAAACAACCAGUCAGACUUCCCGCCUCUUCACAGGAGCAGAACGGCCUACUACGACAUCCUCCGAGUGUCCCCAAGCUACACCAGAUCCCAAAUCAAGACCGCCUGCUACAAACAGUCGUUCAUCUACCACCCAGACAAGAACCCCGACAACGAGGAGGAGGCCACCCAGCAUUUCUCUGAGAUCAGCGAGGCCUAUAGCGUGCUGCGGAGCAUGGUCCUGAGGAGGAAGUACGACCGCGGCAUCCUCAGUGGGUCAGACGUCCAGGGGGCCGGCAGACCCUCGGAACGGGAGUCUACCUACAACACCAGAGCCUCUGGGAAGGCCAUGUUUGACUUUGAUGCCUUCUUCCAGGCUCACUAUGGAGAGCAGCUGCAGAGGGAGAAGGAGCUGAGGGACAGAAGGGCCCAGUACCAGCAGAAACAGCAGCAGGAUUAUAAGCAGUGGAAGCUGGGGAAGAUGUUGGAGAUUACUGUAGGGGUGCUGCUGGCCAUGACAGGUCAGGGGUCAUCUUCACUAUCACCAGGUCCUGAUUGUAGGGGUGCUGCUGGCCAUGAGGGGUCAGGGGUCAUCUUCACUAUCACCAGGUCCUGA